GCAGAUCAGACAUGCAGCACCGUGGAUGUGAAACAAUGAUUUCCCUCUGUAUGGUUGUGAUGGGCCUGGCAACAAUGGUUCUGACAAAAGGAUCCUUUGAAUGCAAUUUCUCUGAACCCAAUGAAUCUCAUCUGUGUCUUGGAGAGGAAGGACAACCAUUGAUAUUCCAUCUGUCAAAUGUGACACAGUCUGAGCUCCGCCUGGUAAAGGAUGGCAAAUACUGGGUCUUGAAAAAGGAGCUCUCUGGAGAAGUGAAAUCACAAGAGGGUUAUGAGUUUGAAAUCAUUGACAUGGGAACAUUCAGUCUCACCAACAGCAGGAAAAAUCACUCUGGAAAUUACACAAUGCAAGAAUUCAACUCUGAAGGAAAGUUACUGAAGAAAACCACCAUGAGAGUGGAAAUAUCUGAUGUCAGUUCCACCUUGCCUGCCCUGACUGUGGUCGUCAUAGUGAGCGCUGUCAGUCUCGUUCUUCUUAUGAUGGUCACACUUACUCUUUCAAGACUUCAGAUGAAACCAAGACAACCUACAGUCAGCACAAGAAACUCACAGGAAGAUGAAGUAACCUACACGGAAGUCAGAGUGAUUUCCAACGCAAGAGGAAACAAGCCGAGCUCAGACGAGGGACAACCUUGAUUCUAUUUCCUCCGAAGUCAUUAUCAGUACAAAAUGUGACAGAUCAAAUUACUCAUGUUCUGAAAGAUAAAUGUGGAAAAAGGUCGUUGUUUGAUAUAAAACAGAUUAAUUGCAAAUUGUGA